AUGCACCGCACCGCAUUCACGGUGCUUUUCACGUCCUCCCUGUUUUCCCACUCCGUCGGUGCCUUCCCCCUCCUUCUCCUCCGCCGCCUCGCCCCGCCCGCCUUCCAGGCCUCGGAACCUUCCCCAGCCCCCAUGCGCCUGGCCGCCUCCCCGGAGAACGCCGCCAGACCCCUGCCGGCGGAAGCCGCCGUUUUUGCCCAGAACAUCAUGGCUACCUACGGGCGGUACCCCAUCACGAUGGUGAAGGGCCAGGGCGUGAAGUUGUGGGACUCUACGGGGAAGGAAUACUUGGACUUUGUGGCGGGCAUUUCCACCUGUUGCUUGGGCCACGCAAACCCGGGUCUGACCGCGGCGGUGACGGAGCAACUGGGGAAACUGCACCACGUCUCCAAUUUGUACUACACCGCCGAGCAGGGUCGCCUGGGGGCCUGGCUGGUGGAGCAUUCCGUGGCGGACAAGGUGUUUUUCUGCAAUUCCGGGGCCGAAGCCAACGAAGCCGCCAUCAAACUGGCGCGGAAGCACGCGCACGAGAAGCUGGGCUUGGGCGAGCCCGUCAUCAUCACGGCCAAGGCCUCCUUCCACGGGCGGACGUUGGCCGCCAUCACCGCCACGGGACAGCCGAAAUACCACCGGGGCUUCGAGCCCCUGGUCCCGGGAUUUGUCUACGUCGACUACAACGACGCCGGGGCCUUGGAGCGGACGGUGCGUCGGAUCAAUUUCUGGGGCCGCCUCCGCGGGUGGCUCCCGGGGAAGAAACGGCGCGGGGUGGCGGCGAUCCUGAUGGAGGCCUUGCAAGGGGAGGGCGGGAUCCGACCGGGGAGCCGGAGCUUCUUCGCCAAGGCUCGAGCGCUCUGCGACGAGACUGGGGCCCUGCUGAUGGUGGACGAGGUCCAAACGGGCGUGGGCCGGACGGGGCGGCUCUGGGGCUACGAGCAGCUGGGGGUAGAGCCCGACGUGUUCACGUCCGCCAAGGCUCUGGGGGGGGGCGUGCCGAUCGGGGCCAUGCUCUGCAAAGAGCGGGCCAAUGUGUUCCAGCCUGGGGACCACGCCUCCACGUUCGGGGGAAACCCGCUGGCCUGCGCGGCGGGGCUGGCGGUGACGGCCGCCUUGGAACGAGAGCAUUUGGUCGAGAACGCCGCGGCUCGCGGGGAGAGUCUGCGGGCGGGGUUAAGGAAACUUCAAGCCCAGUACCCGGGCGUGAUCGAGGACGUGCGGGGGUGGGGUCUGAUCAACGGGGUGGAGCUGAGCGAGGCGAGCGGCUUGCUCGCGGCCCCGGUGGUGCAGGCCUCCAUCGACGAGGGCCUGCUCCUGGUGGCGGCGGGGGCUCGCGUCGUCCGCUUUGUCCCGCCCUUGGUCGUGAGCGAGGGGGAAGUGGAGGAGGCGGUCGCCAGGUUCGGGAAAGCCUUGGCCAAGGCGAUGGCGGCGCGGUGA